AUGGACACUUUCCCGUGUUAUAUGGACUCGGCAACUGAGGCCUACCUGAAUACACCUGAGGUUCGACGGGCAAUUCAUGUGCCCAGUGGUGUGGGUAGAUGGCAGGCGUGCAAUAGGGAAAUGCGUAUGGAUUACACGCGAGAUACUCCGGAUACGUCGGGAUUAUUUAGGCUGAUCGGUGCAUUCAGAUAUCCUUUG